CCAUGCCGCUGGGCGGAGCGCAGAGAGGCUCCGCAGGCCCUGCCGUGGGGUCGGGGAGUCGGCCAGGUUCUAAGGCUGUCUUCGGGCCCUAGCCGCUACUCUAGGUAGCCCGCGGCCGCAAGACAAGACCCGGCGCCGGUCUCUGCGUCCCCGGGACCUUCCGCCCCGCCAUACCGGCGCACGCACGCACGCCCUACGUCCCUGGGCCUUCUCAGGCUGAGGCGCGCCGUCGGCCCCCUUCCGGGGUGGGCGUGGCCGCCGCUGAUGCACGUGAUCGGGGGCGCUGCGCUCCCAGCGCUCCCUGCGCCCGGGUACCUGCUUUCUGCGCCGGAGCGGGCAAGACCGGCCGAACUCUUUCCCUCUGCAGCCUCCGGAGGAAGCCUUGGAAAGUGAGUGAUGAUACUAAAGAGGUCCAAGAAGAGGAAUGAGGACUGAAAGUAGCAGGAAAUGCUAAAAGAGAGGAUACAGCACAGAGGAGGAAAGGGGCUUUGGGGACAUUUCUCAGUUUCUCCUCCAGUGCUUGGAGAAUAUGGAGUUUUUCAGUGAUCCAAUCUCGAAGGUAUCAAAGACAUUUCAUCAGAGAAGUUUUAUCAGAGAACAUGGCUUCCUAUUUUGCAUCAGCCUUGAAAGGCUAAAGCAAGCAUUCUCCUCUAAAGAAGGGCUUUUCUUCAUCAUCUGGGGUUGAUUACAGUUCUUCCUAAAAAGGGCACAUUAGCUUUUGUCCAUAACUGCUAGUUUCGUCCUAACUCAGUGAAAUUUGAGACUUGAUGCUGCUACUGUUUUUCCCAUGAUACAUGGAAAAAGGUUUUCUCUGGUCUCUUCAGACUUUUCUGCUUUUUUUGGUUUGGAGGCUUCUUCCACCAACAAAUACCUGACUGUUUUUUAUUGAACGGAUGGCUGCUCUUUUUCUAAAGAGGUUAACAUUACAAACUGUAAAGACUGAAAAUAAUUACAUUAGAAGAUGUUUUGGUAAAUACAUUGUGCAAGAGGCGCCACCAGCACAGUUGUCCCUUAUUGCUUCUGCCCCAAGACUGUCCUACCUGACUCAUGCAAAAGCUUUUAGUAGUGUUAAAGACACCCAGGAUGGAAGAAAAAAGAAAAAAAGGAGUGAAACAGAUUUUAGUAAUGUUGGAAGGAAAAUUAGUGAGCGAAUUAUUCAUGUACUUGAUGAGAAGGGCAAUGAUUUGGGGAACAUGCACCGAGCAAAUGUGAUUCGACUCAUGGACGAGCGAGACCUGAGGCUUGUUAAAAGGAACACCAGUGCAGAGCCUCCAGAGUACCAGCUCAUGACCGGAGUCCAGAUUCACGAAGAGCGGCUGCGACUGAGAGAGAGGGAAAAGGCCAGACCUACACCAGGACCGACCCUGACGAAGGAACUAACUUUUUCUUCAAACAUUGGAAAACAUGAUUUGGACACAAAGAGUAAACAGAUUCAGCAGUGGAUUGAUAAAAAAUACAAAGUUCAAAUUACUAUAAAGAAAGGAAAGAAUGCAGAAGAGCCAGAAAAUAAAAUAGAGGAGAUAUUUAAUCACAUACUCAAGACUAUGCCUGGAACAGCUACCUUCUCAAACAGGCCACAGUCUGUUAGAGGAGGAAAAGCUGUAAUGUGUGUUCUUCGUCAUUUGAGCAAAAAGGAAGAGAAUACAUAUAGAGAAACUCCGGGGACCCAGAAAGGAGACACUUUGAACAAAGAAAAUGGAAACGAUAGAGAAUUAGAUGUUCCGCAUCCAUGAUUUUAAUAAAGAAAAAAAUGAGCUGG